GGAAAGGUAUCAUGAACCAACCGGCUUUCCGCAUACUUUGCACAGUUUGGCCAACAAUACAUCGGGUCAGCAAAAGUUUAUCUUUUUCGUUUACGUUUCACCAAGAAUUCAGUGCGAAAAACGAUUAAACGUAGCAGAAUGUGCAUUAUCGUGUGACAAGCGAAGGUCAUCGCUGUCGGAGAAUUCUGAUGGGCUGUGGGUAGUUCCAGAGUGGGAACAAUUGUCUGCCGUGCAGAACAAUAAACUGUGUAAUUGUGUGUGGUACGAGGAGUGGGGCUUAAAAAACCGGCACGCAAGCGAUUCGUGAUAGAAGGAAAAAGAAAAAAAAAAACAUCCCAUCUCCAGAAAAGACAUUCCUAGCGGUCCAAGUAAGCGGUGCGUAGAACUGCUGUGGCUGUGUGAGUGAGUGUGAGUGUGUGCGCUGCAUCCGGUGCAGCGAUAUCGAAGUAACAACACCGCAAAAAAAAAACAUUAUGACGAGACACAGUUCUGUCAGCAGCAGAAUGGGAGGAAACCUUGCCGUCGGUUUCCUUCCAAUUGUUUGCCUCCUGGCGACGGUUGCAUUGGUGGAAGCAUUCUACCUUCCGGGGUUGGCACCGGUCAACUAUUGCCGCAAAUCCGAGAUGCAAAAAUCGUGCAAGUCCGAGGUAACACUGUACGUGAAUCGACUGAACACGGAGGAAUCGGUGAUUCCGUACGAGUAUCAUCACUUCGAUUUCUGUCCAAUCGAUGAAGCAAAUUCGCCGGUAGAAAAUCUCGGCCAAGUAGUGUUUGGCGAACGCAUCCGUCCCGGCCCGUACAAAAUUCAGUUCCUCGAAGACGUAAAGUGUGCGAAAGCAUGCGUGAAACACUACAAGGGAGGCGAUCCGGACAGUGACCAUCGGUUGAUGGUGUUGAAGAAGGGAAUGAGCCUAAACUAUCAGCACCAUUGGAUCGUUGAUAACAUGCCGGUGACCUGGUGCUAUCCGCUGGAAAACGAGCGCCAGUACUGCAGUACCGGCUUCCCGAUGGGGUGUCUCGUACGCCGGCAUCCGGACGGGGAAGAAGGUUGCAUUACCAAUCCUAACUACAACCGCGCCGGAUAUUACUAUCCGUUCAACCACGUCGAUUUGACCAUUACGUACCAUAGCGGUGCAACCGAGGAGUGGGGUGUAGCAUUCAAGCAGAAUGGCGGACGCAUCAUAUCGGUGAAGGUCGUGCCAUCGUCCAUUAACCACAAAGACCCGAACGAGCUGAACUGCGACAGCAAGGAACCGAUCGAAAUUCAAUCCAGCGCACUCCGAACGGGCCAAACGCUGGAUAUCGUGUACACGUACUCGGUGCACUUUACGCAGAACAACAAAAUUAAGUGGUCCUCCCGGUGGGAUUACAUCCUCGAGUCGAUGCCGCACACCAACAUCCAGUGGUUUAGCAUUUUAAACUCGCUCGUCAUCGUCCUGUUCCUGUCCGGCAUGGUGGCGAUGAUUAUGCUGCGGACGCUGCAUAAGGAUAUCGCACGGUACAACCAGAUGGAUUCGGGCGAGGAUGCACAGGAAGAGUUCGGCUGGAAGCUGGUGCACGGUGACGUGUUCCGACCACCGCGCAAAGGCAUGCUGCUGUCCGUGUUUCUUGGCUCCGGCAUACAGGUGUUCUGCAUGACGUUGGUCACGCUCGCUUUCGCGUGUCUCGGAUUUCUGUCGCCCGCCAAUCGGGGUGCGUUGAUGACGUGUGCUAUGGUGCUGUUCGUGCUGCUCGGUACGCCGGCCGGUUAUGUUUCGGCCCGCAUCUACAAGAGCUUCGGUGGAAUCAAGUGGAAGAGCAACGUGCUGUUGACCUCCAUGCUGUGUCCGGGCGUCGUGUUUGGACUGUUCUUCGUGAUGAACUUGAUACUGUGGAGCAAAGGAAGUUCGGGUGCUGUUCCCUUUUCGACCCUGAUUGCGCUGCUCGCUCUUUGGUUCGGUGUUUCCGUUCCGCUUACCUUCGUUGGAGCGUACUUUGGUUUCCGGAAGAGGUCCUUGGAGCAUCCGGUGCGAACGAACCAAAUCCCGCGCCAGAUUCCGGACCAAUCCAUCUACACCCAACCGAUCCCGGGCAUCAUUAUGGGCGGCGUGCUACCGUUUGGCUGCAUUUUCAUCCAGCUGUUCUUCAUCCUGAACUCGCUGUGGUCGAGCCAAAUGUACUACAUGUUUGGCUUCCUGUUUCUCGUGUUCUUGAUCCUCGUGAUCACCUGCUCGGAAACGACGAUUCUGCUGUGCUACUUCCAUCUGUGCGCCGAAGACUAUCACUGGUGGUGGCGAUCGUUCCUCACGUCUGGUUUUACCGCCGUCUAUCUGUUCGUGUACUGCUGUCACUACUUCGCCACGAAGCUACAGAUCGAGGAUGCUGCCUCGACGUUCCUGUACUUUGGCUACACGCUGAUCAUGGUGUUUCUGUUCUUCUUGCUAACAGGCUCGAUAGGGUUCUUUGCCUGCUUCUGGUUUAUCCGUAAAAUCUACAGCGUGGUAAAGGUGGAUUAAAGAAGGUAAGGGGCGCCCCUUACCCUUUGCGGUGUGUGGCGAGUUUGGCGGUCGCUUCCGUUUCCCGGUAGAUGCGAUCUCCGCCUUCCUUUUAAGCGCAUAGUAGUCCCUGUGCUUUAUUUUUGCCUUCAUUUAAUUUUAUCACUACUUUGCCCUCCGACGGGAUUUUUGUUGUAGAGUAUAUGACACAGUAUAUGAUUGUAUCGAACACUAGAGAACACAAAUCGUCGUGCUGGAUUGGUGUGUUCUCGGCAUAUUGUGCGGCACAAACCCAUUUACAACGAGCAGGCGCGCGAUGUUUUGUAGGAAAGCAAUUGUAGGGAGGACAAUACCGACAAUACACUGCAGCAAACGUAACGUUAUCAUCAAGCUCGACCCCCAAGCCCCCCCCCACCUCCUCCUGUAUUUUACCGUGUUUGUGACGAGGGCCGAAGAUUGAAUCGCGCAAAUUUGAAUGGACCGUUUCUCUGGUGAAAGUAUGUUGUAAAUGGUACGUUUUGAUUUGGGAUGUGGAAUGUGUUUAUGUUUGUGCAACAUAACUAUGUGUAUGUGUGUGUGUCUCGAUUUCGUAUCGGAAAAGGGAAAGACAAAUGCAGGAUAGCAGUAUGCUGUAAUUUUGUUUAUUACAAUUCCAAUGUAUUGUUUAUUAUCGUAUCACGCGAGUGUGCGGAGAUUCCCCGGUCUCAGCUUAGUAAUAAUCGUGCGAAACUAACGUGAACUGCUAGCACAGCUGCGCAAUUAGAUUAGUGCUGUAUCCUUCUUCCCUGUCUUUUAAACAAAGCAGAACAUCUACCCAACCGGCAAACGCACCGGAACCGGAACGCGGGUACCGUGUGGUGUAACGUGGCGACGCAGCAGUGUUUCCUUUUCUUUCCAACAGCAGCACACAAUUCUUAUGUACAACUUCAAAUGUCCUCUUUCUUUCCAAAUACUAGGUUAGAAAUCGUAAAAGAAACCGUGACACGUGAUGAUGAUAGAGAGAGAGAGAGAGAGUAUUAGAGGGCCGGUGGUGCAGGAUGAGUGGAGUGAAUGAACAAUGAAUAUACAAAAUGAAGAAUGAAUAUCGAAAACCGACACACUCACGACGACACCGCAUUGAUUGUUUUCCGCACACUUUUAUUUCGCUGUGUAAAUUAUUUAUUAGAAUUAUUCUUCCGUUCCGCUCGCUAAAUUCAAUGUCGUGCAGUGAAAUGAGGGAGAGGGAAGCGCAGAACAAACAAAAAAAAAAAAACACAAUAGAAGAACAGUAACAACACAAAACACAUUUGAAACAAUUAGAAUGGCAACGCAACACUGUGAAUGAGAGGGAGGACACGAGGAUCAAACUGUCUGUCUCUGUGUGAGUGUGUUUGUGUGUGUGUGCGCGUUUGUUUUUUGAGUGGAUGAAGCAACUUUCGCACCUCAACAGCACUGUGGUCGCUCGAUCGGUCCUCGAAUCGUCGGUGUGGACGAUGUGAUGAAACAGUAAAACUUAAACAAGAAGGGCAUGAUUAAUAAAAAGAAAAAUAUUAAUUGUAAUGAUACUAUCGUAAAACCAAUAAAAGAGCCAAGAGCAGUGUUUCACUUA